CUAUUUCUCGAGUCUUCCCAGGAUGAGCAUGAACCCAAAAAGCCUAUUACUUUCACUGGUUCAACUAAUCAGGUUUCACACCUAGCAGAUGUAUUUUCAUCGAUAACUACAAUAAACACCCAGGCUCUUAUGGUGAUUUCACUGAAAGGUAUAAAUAUCUAUGCUGAGUACAAUCACAUUUUAAAUGCCCACCUUACUAUAGAUCCAUCAUUGUUCAGCACCUAUAAUAUUUAUUCUGAAGAUGACGGACCCACUCCGACAUCUCUUAGUGACCUAGAGAGUCAAGAACUACGACUAGGUAUUGAUGUCAGCUUGAUUGCAGAAUCUUUCUCCGCUGCUGCUACAACUGGAAGUAAGGGUGGAAAUGCUGCUAGUGGUUCUACGAAUGUUUCCGCUGCUAAUAAUAAUGAUAAUGUUGUAUGUUACAUAACGUAUAAUGGAGAAGGACAUCCUUUAAUUAUAGAGUUUGAGGAUCGUCUUAUGAAUGAAAAGAUUGAAUUUUUGACAUUUUACCUUGAUAUAAGAUACCCUUAUGAUCCCAAUGAAAUUGAAGAUGAAGAGCAAUAUGAUUUGAUUGUUAAUCCAAGUGAAAUUCAUUUUGAGGUUAUACUAAGAAGUGAUGUGUUUACUAAUUUACUUCAAGAUUUGCAGCAAAUAAAUACGGUAGAUUUAUAUAUAUUUGUUUCUAACAAAUAUCGAAAUUUAGGUGAAAAGCCGGGUCAGCCAUCUCGUAAUUAUAACCGAGUUGCCUUUAUGGAUAAUCAAUUGAAUUUUAUUUCAAAAGGUGCAAUUGGACACCUGAAAUUAUUGUUCCCCAAUCACAAGGUCAUGUUAGAAAAGCUUGAUAUAUUCAAAAAGAACCAAAGCGAUGAAAUGAUACAAACUCAAAGCUCCUUAAUAACCUGCUAUAACUUUACUAAUUUUAUCAAGAUUUUUAAAGCAGUUAAAUUAUCAUCAAAGUGUAAAAUCAUGAAGGAUUUGUCAGGUAUACUUUCAGUUCAGUUAUUAUGUAAAAAUCCUAAACUACCAAACUACGCUGGUACUUUAAUAACUUUUAAUAUGUUGGAAAUUUCUACAGUAACCGAUGAGUUUGGGACUGACGACUUAACUGAACUUAGUCUCAAUAAUAUAUUUGAUGAUGAUUUU